ACAAAGAAACACAAACCCUAGAUUUAUCUUCAUCUCUCUCAAUUCUGUGUCAAAGCGAAGACAGAUUCAACGAUGUCUUCACCUGAAUCACCUUCCGGUUCCGAUUCAUCCACACCACUUCUCCGUUCACGGCAAUCAUCACCACGUCGUCCACCUGUAAUCGCGGUUCUAUUAGGUCGAGCUUCAGGACGACGAGGAGCUUCGAUGGUUGUUAGAGAGACAGCUGCUCAAGAGCUUGAAGAGCGACGAGCUGAUUGGGGUUACUCAAAACCUGUUGUGGCUUUGGAUAUGCUUUGGAACACUGCUUUUGUUGUUGUUGCGAUUGUGAUGCUUUUGGUUUUUAAAGAAGAGAAGCCAAAUGUUCCGGUUAGGGUUUGGAUCUGUGGUUAUGCGAUUCAGUGUCUUGUUCAUGUUGUGCUUGUUUGGCUUGAGUUUAGGAAGAGGAAUGCUAGGACUCGAACUGGGGAUUUAGAAGCUGCUCAAGGUUCUGGUAAUCAUGAUAGUGAGGAUGAGGAUAACGAUGAGAGGAUUCUGAGCACUAAGACUUGUGAAUCGAUGAACACUAUAAUAUCAUUUAUCUGGUGGAUUGUUGGCUUCUACUGGCUUGUAUCUGGUGGUGAUAUCCUUCUGCAAAAUGCGACGCAUUUGUAUUGGUUAACCUUUGUUUUCCUUGCGUUUGAUGUGUUUUUCGCCAUCUUUUGCGUUGUGCUUGCUUGUCUUAUUGGGAUCGCCCUCUGUUGCUGCCUCCCUUGUAUUAUUGCUCUUCUUUACGCCGUCGCAGGGCAGGAGGGUGCAUCAGAAGCAGAUCUCAGCAUCCUUCCCAAAUACAGGUUUCAGACGAUAAACAAUGAUGAAAAGCAAAGUGACGGUGGUGGGAAAAUGAUACCUGUUGAGGCAGGCAGUGAGAAUUUGGGAAAGGAACGUGUGCUUCUUCCCGAAGAUGCUGAUUGUUGUAUAUGUCUGAGUUCAUAUGAAGAUGGAGCAGAGCUGGUCUCACUUCCUUGCAACCACCACUUUCAUUCGACGUGCAUCGUGAAAUGGCUGAAAAUGAAUGCUACAUGUCCACUGUGCAAGUUCAAUAUUCUCAAAGAUAUUCAUCUCGUAGCUAACCGUGCAGACAAAAAUCAGUUUUCAUCGCUUCAAAAAAUAUGCUCGACUAGAUCGGAGACGGAGGAGAUGUCGGAUGUUUCGGCUGACGGUGGUUUUUUGUCGGCGGAGCAGGCUACGACGCCUGUUGCGAUUCCGACGCCGUAUCCGUCGUUGACGGUGUCGGCGUCUUAUAAAGAAAGUGGUGGUGGUGGUGGAGGGAAAAGUUCGGGGAGGAGGAGACCGGUUAGGCCUAGUUUUGAUGCAGCUGCUGAUAAUGAGUUUAUUACUUUGCUUCAUGGUUCGGAUCCAGUGAAAGUUGAGCUUAAUCGGCUUGAGAAUGAAGUUAGAGAUAAGGAUCGAGAAUUAAGUGAAGCACAUGCUGAGAUCAAAGCGUUGAGGUUAUCUGAGAGGCAAAGAGAGAAAGCUUGUGAAGAGCUUACUGAUGAGCUUGCUAAGUUGGAUGGGAAGCUCAAGUUAACUGAGUCGCUUCUCCAAAGCAAAAAUCUAGAAAUUAAGAAGAUCAAUGAGGAAAAGAAGGCUUCCAUGGCUGCUCAGUUUGCUGCUGAAGCUACCUUAAGAAGGGUCCAUGCUGCUCAAAAGGAUGAUGAUAUGCCUCCGAUUGAAGCCAUUCUAGCUCCAUUAGAAGCUGAACUUAAGCUAGCUCGCUCUGAGAUUGGGAAGCUUCAAGAAGAUAACAGAGCCUUGGAUCGUCUCACUAAAUCAAAAGAAGCGGCCUUACUUGAUGCUGAGAGGACUGUUGAAACUGCUCUGGCAAAAGCGGCUUUAGUUGAUGAUCUUCAAAAUAAGAACCAAGAGUUGAUGAAACAAAUAGAAAUCUGUCAGGAAGAAAACAAAAUUCUAGACCGAAUGCACAGGCAAAAGGUUGCUGAGGUGGAAAAGCUUACUCAGACUGUACGGGAGCUGGAAGAGGCCGUUCUUGCUGGCGGCGCUGCUGCAAAUGCCGUGAGGGAUUACCAGCGGAAGUUUCAAGAGAUGAACGAAGAACGAAAAACUCUUGACCGGGAACUUGCACGUGCAAAGGUUACUGCAAACAGAGUUGCGACUGUGGUUGCAAAUGAAUGGAAAGAUGGUAAUGAUAAAGUGAUGCCUGUGAAGCAAUGGCUUGAAGAAAGAAGGUUUCUACAGGGAGAAAUGCAGCAACUCCGGGAUAAGCUUGCCAUAUCAGAUCGAGCUGCAAAAUCUGAAGCUCAACUAAAAGACAAGUUUCAACUACGACUUAAAGUGCUUGAAGAGACACUGAGAGGCACCUCAAGCAUCAGCAUAAGGAGCACACCUGAGGGAAGAAGCAUGAGUAAUGGACCGUCUCGCAGGCAGUCAAUUGGUGGAUCAGAUAAUUUACAAAAGUUCGCAUCAAAUGGCUUUUUGUCAAAGAAAACUCCGAUGAGAAAUUCCUUUACUUCUAAUUCUAUCUCGGUAUUGAAGAAUGCUAAAGGAACAUCCAAGUCAUUUGAUGGAGGCACAAGAUCAUUGGAUAGAGGCAAAGCACUCUUAAACGGACCUGGGAAUUAUUCGUUCAACAAGGCUUGUGAUGAAACCAAAGAACAAGAGUCACCUAAUACCUGGAAAGAAGAUUCAGAAGAGAAGCCACCAAGUGAACUUCCUGCACCAGCAACUGAAGACAAUGUCCCAGGGGUUUUGUAUGAUUUACUACAGAAGGAAGUAGUAGCCUUGAGAAAAUCUUCGCAUGAGAAGGAUCAAAGCCUCAAAGACAAGGAUGAUGCCAUAGAGAUGUUAGCAAAAAAGGUUGAAACUUUAACAAAGGCAAUGGAGGUUGAAGCGAAGAAGAUGAGAAGGGAAGUAGCUGCAAUGGAGAAAGAGGUUGCUGCAAUGCGUGUGGAUAAAGAUCAAGAUAAUAGAGCUAAAAGGUCUUCAAACACCAAACCCUCAUCCAACACCGCCCAUAUUCUUGCUGCAAGAGCUGCUGGCCGAAGUGGGUUAACAAGGAGUACACAAUGAGAUGAGGGAGGAGCUGUGACUAGUUCUCUUGGUCGUAUCAGUUUAAACAAGUAAAACCGUUAUAGGCUGGUGUGAUUUUUAAGCUCUUUUUUUUAACCUUUAUAUCUUUCUUAUUUCACUUGCUUUCUUUACAUCCUCUGUGAUUUAUUGUAUUACCAUAGAACUUAAGGAUGAAAAAGAUGAGUAUGCUUUCUGACUUAGAUCGGCUUACACUGCUUAGCGAUGACGACAAGAAAAAAGGGAGGAGGGAUGUUUGACAUUUUGGCAUAACAUUUUCUGUCCUGUGGAAGUAGUUUGUUUGGCUGUAUAGGUUUUAGCUUUGUAUUGGAGUUUGUGUACUUUACUUGUUCGGUUUCUUCAUUCUAUUUACUUGAGGUGUUGUGUGAUUAUUCUACUUUUGGGUUUGUUGAUAUAUGUCCAAACUCGGUGUCUUUUCUCUUUUGGUACAUCAAAAAUCAAAUCCUGCAUGGUCA